AUGCCUGCCACAGACUCGCCUGCGGUCAUUGUAGCUCGAUUCCUGUACGCGAAUCAUUAUAACGGAACACUUGAGGCAUUCCUCGCCGAAGCAGGAUUGCCCGAAGAUGCGGCAGUCACCAAGCCAGGUGACUGGACGAUAGAGAAGAUCCUCGAGGAGAAGAAGCAAUUCGACACGAGUCUGGCCUUUGAGAGGAGCGGCGAUGAUCACGAUACAGGUUGGUCACUGCCUGCACCGUCGCAAGCCGUGGAGCCUCAGGUCCCUAUCAGAUCCAACGUACUCUGUGUGAGCGGCGAUCGGGGAAGUGAGAAGGAGGAUGGAGUCAUCUUCGUGACUACAGCUGACCGAUCAUGGACGCGUGUCUCGCCGGCAGCGCCGUUUACGCUCCUGGGCUCCAUUCCCAAUGCUCACGGCAGUCCUGUGCUGUCCGUCAGCUCACUUCCCGGAGGCUACGUCUUCUCCACCUCAAUGUCCGGGCAGCUUGCUCUACACGACUCCCAGGGCCGACUGUUGGACAAGAGCCGCGACCACAUGAAAUAUGCGGUCCAUGUGGUAUCAGGACUGACUCGGCGGGGAAGAUGGAUUGUGGCGACGGCCGGCUGGGAUCAAAAAGUCCACGUCUACGCACCCGAGCUUGAGUUGGCUGCGAACUUCGAGCCACAUGCACAGAAUCCUCUUGGAGAUGAUGAGCCAUAUAUUCCAGGACUCCUCCGCGACCCGAUCCAUACCAUCAGUCUACCCACUAAUCCAGAGUCGAUGGUCCUUGUCCACCACCCGGACACCAGGGACCUUUACCUGAUCGUCUCACGACGGGAUUCGACAUUCCUAUACUACUACUGCAUUAAACCCACUGCCGAGGAGUCGUCUUCCUCACGCAGCAGCGAAGACACAUACUCGGUGCAGGAGACCGGCAAGCAGAAUCUGGCGCCACACUCCAACGCGUGGGUAGCGUUCACGCCCUCCUACCUCGCUGUCUGCCCGACAGAUCCACAACUUCUGGCCGUCGCAACAUCGCACCUCCCUCAUAUGAAGCUUAUCAUUGUGCGGCUUCUUUUCCCGACCGCGACUUACGACCCGAACUCGAAUACCGCUGCGGUCGUCGAUUCAGAACCAGUAACCCAGACCUCGCAGGCUCGGGCCGCCCUCGCCUUGCAAGACCGCGAAGAUUCGGCCAUCAAGCUUCAGGUGUCCACCAUGGCUCCUCAGACGCCCUACUCAACACCCCAAGUGGUCUGGCGUCCUGGCGGCAGUGGGGUUUUCAUCAACGCCGACGAUGGAGUGAUUAGGGGUGUUGAUACGCAGAGCGGCAAGGUCGUGGCGAUGCUCAAGGCCCAUGAGGUCGGGUCUAAGGUCCGGACCCUGUACGCAGGAUGGGAGGCAGGCGGCAAGGAAGAAGUCUUGGUUAGUGGUGGCUUUGAUAAGAGGGUCUUUUUCUGGAGAGUUGAGAGGGACUGA